CAUAUGCGAAGUACCUCUGCAUACAUGUUUCGCUGUGUGGGUACUUAAUUGAGUCGUGGUGCUCUAGCCUGAUCCCUCAACCCGAAUACGAUACUUAGUGCCUGUCCGAACAAAUCUGUGUCACGUGGCGAUAACAGCCCUUUAUCCACCCCAACGACUCCAACGCGAAGUCUCUUACUGGACAAAUCUCCCACCCCCAUCCAUGCGCUAGUCCUAACAAAGCCUAGCCGCCCCGCGUUCCCCCUGCGCCCUCCGGUACGUACUCCUUUAUUCUUCUAGUCUUAACCUUUUUAUCACCAGAAAGUCCUUCCAUGCCACUCCCCCCCCUCUCCUUCCUCCUCUCCACCUACUUAUACCUCACAACGUCCCCCCUCGAUUGUGGCCGCGAUAUCCUCAACAAUCGUCUGAUAGCCUCUGUGCUAUACCGCCAUAAUGGACCCAACAAACAGCACCCUCUUCGCCGCGCCGACAUACUGGGACCAGUACCAUGGCAUCACCCACUACAAUGGCGAGACUCUCAACGUCUUUGAGCGCCUCUGGGCCGCCUGGUACGCAUACAUGCAGAACGACGUCCUCGCGACUGGAAUCAUGUCCUUUGUGAUGCACGAACUCGUCUACUUCGGCCGCUCUCUCCCCUGGAUCAUCAUCGACCGCAUGCCCUACUUCAACAAAUACAAGAUCCAAGCUGGCAAAAUCCCCACCGUCGCCGAACAAUGGCACUGCACCAAAAUGGUCCUCCUCUCCCACUUCACCGUCGAGCUCCCUCAAAUCUGGGUCUUCCACCCCAUGGCCGUCUUCUUCGGCAUGGACACCGGCGUCCCCUUCCCCCCCUUGUGGAAGAUCGCCAUGCACAUCGCCAUCUUCUUCGUCAUCGAGGACGCCUGGCACUACUGGACCCAUCGCGCCAUGCACUGGGGGCCGCUCUACCGCUCCGUCCACAAGAUCCACCACAACUACUCCGCCCCCUUCGGCCUGGCAGCCGAGUACGCCUCGCCCAUCGAAGUGAUGGUCCUCGGCGCCGGCACGGUUCUCGGCCCCGUCGCCUGGUGCGCUAUCACUGGCGACUUGCACAUCUUGACUAUGUACUUGUGGAUCGUCUGCCGUCUCUUCCAGGCUAUCGAUGCCCACUCUGGAUACGAGUUCCCCUGGUCGCUGCACCACUUCUUGCCUUUCUGGGCGGGCGCUGAGCAUCACGAUGUUCACCACGAGCGUUUCAUUGGAAACUAUGCUAGUUCGUUCCGCUGGUGGGAUUUCGUCCUUAAUACGGAGGCUGGACCGGAGGCGGCGAAGGCGAGACGUGACAGGAAGCUUGCGAAGGAGGCGAAGAAGGCGAAGAAGGCACAGUAAAUGUACUGUGUGUGGCUUUGGUGGGGGCGCUGUGUCACCACUGUUGUGUGGUGCGGACACGCUUACCCGCCGUGUGGGAGGAUGUGAACCCGAAACGGAGAAUGAGAUAUCUGUAACGACAGACAGACACAGACGGCGUUCGGGCGUGCAGGGCACCGCCGUAGAAAAAGCUCCGCUCUUUGGAAGGAGCUGGCGAGAUAUUGGAUGGAUGAUGGCCCGUAAUUACACCUACUAUUUCUUGUACAAAAACAGAUGGGAUUUGUUGGGUCGGAUAGAUGGGAGGCAGAUGUAUGAGCAUUAAUAAUCGUUAAUCAAGUCUGAAGAAUGUAAUUACGUAUGAUUUGCCUUGGUGAAGGACUAUGAAAAUGUGUAUAGUAGUAUGUUUGUCUCUUACCUACUUCAUAUACGAAGC